CAUUCGCAUGAGUAGUAGCGUUAUCUUUAUGCAAGGAUUGUAUUACAGCACGACCUUCGUCAAGGUCAGGGCUACUAGUAGCGCGGCGGAUAAUCAAUAUGGUGGCUGUUAAACUGAGCGACGCCUUUGCGGUGUUGAUUUUCGUGAUAUUUUCCGUGAGCAAAGUACAUGGGUUAGAUUGCUACACAUGCACUAGUAUAGAAGACCCCAAUUGCGGAGUCAGCUUCGAUUUCUCCGGUACGGCUGGGGAUAAAUACAAAAGCAACUGCGUGGGCGGCACCACAGCGUGUAGGAAGGUCAUCAGUUCCGACACACACAAGGCAAAGAUUGUGGUGAUCCGGUCAUGUUGGAAUUCCUCGUCGGUCGAGGAUCUGUCGAAAGAUUUCCUUUCCUGCCAGAAAUUGAUGGUCAACGGCGAGGCCUGCUAUUGCAACAAGGACAGCUGCAACGGGGGACAACUCGUGGUCGCUUCACUGGGAGUCAGUCUGCUCACACUCGGAUUGUCGUUCUUGAAAAAAGUGCUAUAAAAUUCGUGAGAGUGGUUAACGAUAACGCUAUGCAAACCUCGACCUCCGUGAUAAAUUUGUAUUUUGUAGGAGUAUUUACUCAUUGCAUACACAGUCGAUAACUUGUAAGUUACCAUCGCUUGUGAAAGAUUAACUUAAAACGGUUUAGCCAUCGAACAAUUGGCACUUUUUUUGCUAAACGCACUAAUAUUGACAUUAUUGUAAAUUAAAGGUAUAUUUAGUCCACACAUACGAAUGUAAUACUUUUUAUAAUCAGAAUCACAGAGCUUUAUUUUACAGAAUAAGUGAGGUCCGAUUAUUUUAUAUAUGACAUACUAUAUUAGUUUGAGUGCGACUUUCCGAUCAGCGCAGUUGUUGGUACUCGCACUUCUCACCUAGGCGAUCCAUGGUCGAUCCCCGUUCCAGGAAGCAUGGGCAUUUGGUUGGUGAUAACCAUACCGGACAGACGGGGUUUACUUCGGAUACUCCGGGUUGCCCAACAAAGAAAGACGACACCAAAAUCGAAAAAAAAAAUCAUUAACAUCUAAAGAGCUGGAAAUUGCAGCCAUAAAAAAUGGCCAGACUUUAUUGAGUUUAUUAAAUUAAUGUGGUGUGACACACUCAGGGUCCACAUAUAAUGCAGCUUCAGUCUCGGCAGGACCUGAUAUAAAUCGAAAUACACGCACACUUAAUUUGCGUGCGCUAGAUAUGUUUGCGCUCAAAUUAUUUGCGUCAUCCACUUUAUCUUUACUAUAUUUGAAAGGUGGUUGGACAGAAGAAUAUUUUACUUUAAAAAAUCCACCUUUGUAAACGUGAACACUUUAAGUGAGCAAAAAUAGGAUGACAAUUUGUAGCUCACGAAAUUCAAACCAAUCACGUCAUUUCAGCGCGAUUCUAGCGUUGUAUAUUGGUGACACAGACCAAUAUUGAAUCGAGUAAUCCAGGCGGGAAAACAACCCGCAGUGUGCUCAACUUGAUUGUUGUAUUACGCAUCGGUCAUUUGUAUUUUUAAGAUCUAAGUGGUAAAUCUCAGAGUUAUGUUAUUGUUUUAUUUUCAGCUUAAUUGUUAAGUGUGUUUGUUUUUCAAAUAUAUUCACGCAGUGUUCAUUAGUGUGUAAAUGACUUAUAGCAAUUCUAUGUAAUUCAUGUGUUUCCAUGUGUUCAAACUCAGGAACUACCGGUAACCUAGUCGCACAGCAGGAACUACCGGUAACCUAGUCGCACAGUAGGAACUACCGGGGACCUAGUCGCACAGCUUUCUUUUUUUCAUUUGAUACACAGCAGACACUUAAAUGGCAAAAUUCAUCGUAAGUCAUUGAAAAAGCUGUUGUGAUUUUUUCUUCAUAAAACCUGUUGUUGCAUUCUAAUUUCAUCAUCAAUUACAGCGACCGAUAUUGCAUCAAUAUCUUUUUGCUCCAAAGUUAACUAGUACUAGUAUUCAUUUAAGUCGUGUGAACUGAAAGUUGUUUUUGCGCUUGUGUACAGACGUAUGCUUUGUUAUAGCUUUUUAUUAGGUUGUUUUAGUUUUGCUUUACAAUUUGUCCGAUUGGUAUGUGCCAUCAGUUCUUCAUUCCAUACAUAUUGAUUUUGCGAUUUUAUCAUUAGCAUUUAGUCACAUUAUUGUGCCAUAUUUCCGCCCUUUCGUCUCAGCACAAAUACGCAUGCGUGAACCAUAUAAUGAUUAACCCACAUAUACUUUUUUAAGUGACCGAUUCUCAUUACGGUUGCCUGUUAACUGAAACCAUUCCCCCCCCCGCCCAAAUGCCUCCGAUUCAAAUUAAAACUGUAAUUAGUGCUGGUUAACCGCUCAGAGUGGCAAUCUUGUCCAGAUCUAGCGGGAGUAGGAUAUAUGACUGUUGUCAUUUGGGCUUGUAAACUGUUGAUAAAAAAACGGCAAGAACAAACCCCAACGAAACAGGUUCAUUCAAUAGAACACUUACAGAAUCUCAGGUGCACGUGACUCAAAUCAACGCCAGGUUUAUGUUAGUCAUUUUUACAUGCGCUUUUGAGCAUUUUUAAAAAAUGUUAUUUUUAUUAUUUAAAUUAUAUAGAGGGACUGUAUUGCGACUUCAUUAUAACCAAGAGUAAAUAAACAAUGGAAAUAAA